GGAAGAAUACGAGAUUAUAAAUGCAGCUCUACCUCAGAACUGUAUGAAGUUGUCACGGUGCACUCAGGUGCACCUGUCGCACGAUGGCGCAACAUGUUGUCCGCUCGAGCAUACCGGCAGCCUUUUUGUUACUUGUUUUUAUGCUAUGCAAUUUUGUAAACGGUAACGCGUUUAUGAGAGUGAAUACACUGGAUAAUCUAAGCGUGAAAUCGAUCGACGUCUUAAGUAGAAAACAAUGGGACACACCGGGACACGUAUACGCCAGUUCGGAUUUCCUGAUUGAAGUUUUUGGCACUGGCCUCGAAAGUAACAUUUCGUUACUUUGGUCAUCCACUAUCGACGAUUGCGAUCCAAAAAACGAAUUAAAUGCAGUUUGGAUCGCAUCAAGCGGCAAUCGUGCGAUAUAUAAGUUCGUGAAAGUUCCUAAUUUUAAGGUUACCGAGAUCUAUUUCUGUCUGAGAAUCGUCAGCAGAUUCGGUGAAACAUGGACCAAUCUCGGAAGCAAUUUUACUAUCAGGUCUCCAGUAUCGUCCGAAAAAUACUUUCGUAUACGCCGUGCCAAUUCAUUAUUGAAUGAUGACCCCAAAAAUAUAUUGACUCAGCAAGACCAUACAGAUGCAUUUAUUGAGGGUAUGAGGGUAGAAAUAUCAGAUAAAGAUCCUAGUUACAAAGAGGAUGGUAUACCAGAAAUACUUGCUGGCAGCAAGACAGUCAUACGAUUAUUUGGUCACGGUAUCAAAGAAGGUGCUUUGAUUACUUUCACAGAUGAGCGAGCUACAAGGGGUACUAUUUGCGAUAAAAUUAAAAGCAAGGAAUUUCCAGUGGAAAAUAUAAGAAACAACACUGCAACUAUCAGAGUUGUGUUGCCUCUUGGUUCACCAUUUUACAUAUGUAUGAAACCGCCAGUAAACGGAGGCGAUGAUUCGAACCCUGUGCUUUUUAGACAUCAAGGCACUGAAUCAUGGAAAACUAUAUACACAUACGAAAAAUUAUUACCACUUUGGCUUACUGUUGUAAUUAUAUUAACGUGUCUUACGUUUUCUGCUUUAUUCUCUGGGUUAAAUUUGGGAUUAAUGGCAAUGGACAGAACAGAGUUAAAAAUACUUUGUAAUACUGGUACAGAAAAGGAGAAACAGUAUGCGAGAACGAUACAGCCAGUGAGAAAUCAUGGGAAUUAUUUGCUAUGUUCAAUUUUAUUCUCAAACGUUUUGGUGAAUUCGAUGUUUACUAUUCUGUUGGACGAUUUAACUUCUGGAUUAGUUGCUGUUAUUUGCUCUACUCUGGCUAUCGUAAUUUUCGGUGAAAUCUCACCACAGGCUAUUUGCAGCAGACAUGGAUUAUGCAUUGGAGCAAAGACUAUUUAUCUUACUAAGCUAACUAUGGUAAUAACGUUUCCAUUAAGUUACCCUAUCAGCAAACUUUUGGACGUUCUGCUUGGAGAAGAAAUCGGCAAUGUGUACAAUCGUGAGCGGUUGAAAGAACUUGUGAGGGUGACAACAGGAUACAAUGAUCUAGAAAAAGAUGAAGUGAACAUAAUCGCUGGGGCAUUAGAGUUGCGGAAGAAAACUGUUAAAGAUGUCAUGACAAAAAUUGAAGACGUCUACAUGUUAAACUAUAAUGCAAUUUUAGAUUUCGAGACAGUAUCAGAAAUUAUGAAAUCAGGUUUCUCUCGUAUACCAGUGUACGAGGGAACAAGAACGAAUAUCGUGACAAUGCUUUAUAUUAAAGAUCUCGCGUUCGUCGAUCCGGACGAUAACAUGCCACUAAAGACGUUGUGCCAAUUCUAUCAAAAUCCAUGUAAUUUUAUUUUUGAAGACGUCACACUAGACAUUAUGUUCAAGCAAUUUAAAGAAGGCAAUAAAGGCCAUAUGGCGUUUGUUCAACGAGUUAAUAACGAAGGUGAAGGCGAUCCCUUUUACGAGGUAAUAGGAUUGAUUACAUUGGAAGAUGUUAUAGAAGAACUGAUCCAAGCUGAGAUCAUGGAUGAAACUGAUGUCUUCACGGAUAAUAGAACUAAACGUAGAAGACAGGCAAGGCACAAGAUACAAGAUUUUACCGUAUUCGCAGAGAAGAAAGAAAAUCAACGUAUUCAUAUAUCGCCACAAUUGACGUUGGCCAUGUUUCAGUAUUUGUCUACAACUGUAGAUGCUUUUAAGCCCGACACAAUAUCAGAACCUAUUUUGCGCCGUUUACUUAAACAAGAUAUUAUUUAUCACAUCAAAGUAAAAUCACGCGAGAAAGCAAGAAAUGACCCAGGAGCGGUGAUCUAUCAACAAGGAAAGGCAGUUGACUACUUCGUCUUGAUCUUAGAGGGACGGGUUGAAGUUACUGUGGGCAAAGAGAACCUGAUGUUUGAAAGCGGUCCGUUCACGUACUUCGGCUCUCAAGCGCUUACUGUGAACGUUGGAGUUGCCGAAUCGCCUACCAAUACAAAUCCGCAAACAUUGGGAAGCAUACAGUCAAUUAAUCUAGACUCAAUACUGCGUCAUACGUUUGUUCCCGAUUACACGGUGCGUGCAGCGACAGAAGUGUUCUACGUUAAAGUUAAAAGAUCGUUAUAUCUGGCUGCGAAACGGGCCACACUUCUGGAGAGAAGCCAAAGAGAUUCGUUACCCGGUGGUCAAGAGCAACAGUUUGACGACGAAGUGGAAAAGUUACUACAUUCUUUGGACGAAGAUGAUCGCAGCAUGCCAGAAUCUCCCGUGUUACCCCUCGAAAAAGAUAAGGAACCUAAAAAGGAAGCGGAGAAGGAAAAAGUUAAAGAAAAAGAAACCGUACAGUCUCCCAUUCACAGUGCUACUGCUCCGACUUCGCCUGCUCCGGUUAGCGCUAGUCCAGUCAUACAUUCAAAGUUCAUUUCCUCGUACAGUGAUCACAACGGGAAGUUGAAAAACUCACCAGUGAAGGCGCCACCGUCAGUAACGAGUCCCGGACAACCCAAGUCAGAUUUAGAUACAGAAAUUAAUCGUCAAGAAGCAAAUCGGGUGAUGUCUGCCAAGAGGUUAAUGGAAGAUGAAGAGAGAGCGAAUCUCCUGCCAAAGCAAGAAGACUCUUAACAUUCGGGAAAUGGUCGACGAUGUUUAAAUGCGAACAUUUCGACGUCAUUAUUGCAGGUACCAAACAACGAAGAGCACGAAAAACCUCUAUGACAUACAAUGCUAUCAUGGCAUUAGGUACUUAACAAAUUAAAUAUUUAUCAACAAAAAAAGGAAAAACAAAAAUACGAAAAAAAUAAUAUUAUAUAGAUAGAUAACUGAUCUUUGCGUACUUUAAGUUUCAAAAAGUUGGUGCGAAAAUCAUUCACGAUAUAUAUAUAAAUAUAUCGUAGUUCUGUAAAGUUAGUACGCUCAGGGAAGAUUGCCAAAAUUUCAAAUACUCAUAUACUUUCAAUUUUUCUUAUAGCCUACGUAAAUAACUUGAUACGUAUAAAGAUCAAAUAAUAAUAAUAAUAAUGGAUGAAUGCUGCAUUCCUACAUUUGGACACUGUUUCACCAAGCAUAAUCUCUCUCUAAUCCUCUUUUAAAAAAUAUUUCGUAUCCUCAAAGAGCGGAACGCUUAUCAAAAAUGAUGUCUCCUCACUGUCAGAUACAUAAGAAUCUUUAUUUCCUAUUAUCAUAAAAUGCACAUCUAUCUCUUCACGAUUUUUUCUUAACAUCUGUAAAUAUCACUUUAACAUAAUACCUUCUCACACGACUCAGAGGACGCUUCUGAAAUAUGCAUUUCAUUCGUGUCGAUGAAAUACAUAUUUACAUGACAUUUACCGAUUACCGUAUACAAUUUUCCAUCCGUUAUCAUUCAUGAUCAAAAAAGGCGUUGAAAAUUAUUUAAAAGAAAAAUACUAUCAAAACGUUAACGCGGUCGUAAUCACGAUCUUACUACUUUUAACUGUCGUAGAAAAGCAAGGAUUACUGUAAACUUAAAAUUAGAUUUUAUAAAUUUUCUAGAUUGAAACUGUUCAUUCGAUACCGCGUGACUGACCAAGAACGCGUUAACACCGUCUAUCUUAUAGAAAAAAGUGCUAAAACUAACAGAAUACAUCUAUGUAUGUACUGUCUAACGUAUUCUACGAGCAUACAGGGAUCUCUGAAAUAUGAUACAUUUUCUCACUUAGUUAUCAAGUAUCCAUUGCAUUAUAUUUCUACGAUUGUGAAUAGUGUAAAUAAGAGGGGCAAAUUGUUCCCGCAUGGAAUGAAUGAUGAGAUAUUCGGUAUAUAUCAUAUGUACACAUAAAUAUUUUAUUCAGUGCCUUAAAAAAAAAUUCAUAAACUAUGUUUAAUCGUGUGCGUAAUGAAAUGCAUUUCAAUAGGGAGUGAAUAUAAUUUCUGUAGGAUGCCAAGCUACACGUCUAUUCGUUCAAAGAUACUGAUUAUUUGCUUUCAGCCUGGAAAUUCUCAUAAAGUCAUACAUACGAUAUUAUCUACCGUGCACGAAAUCCCUAUAGAGAAACAGCGAAUUUCAACAAGUUCGAUAUUUUAAUAUGUUUUAUGCCUAACGUACGUUUUACAAUCCUUUUAAGUAUUGUCAUCUUUAUACAGGUAAUUGUAUUAAAGAAAAGAAAUGGAAAAUAAGUCACGCAUAUACAACACGAUGUUCAACGUUUAUACAUAUCUUAAGUUUCAGUGAGAUGAAUACGUAGUUUGAAAUAGUGUGUCUCAUCGACAGAAAUUUCGGGUUUUUAGAGUAUCCCUAACGAAGAGAUAAUAAUUACGUAAUAAGUCAUUAAACCUUCUGUGAGGUAACCGAGUGCUCUGUGAACAAACAAUUUAUCAUUCGUUUUUCGUUGCGGGUGAUAGUACUCAAUUAGUAUAUCUAAUCAAAGAAUGACAUAGAAUGAGAGUUUGUUGUAUAGAAUUACUAGAUAAUGAUUAAAUUUCCAAUUACCCCAUUUAAAUCAUUGCGGCUUACGGUUAUCCCCUCUUAAAAGUUUAAUAGACUACUACUGCCAUAUUUUUUAUAUGCAUACAUAGGUAUUAAUUCUUAAUGCUUGUUUUAAACAAUUUUUACAGAUAUGGUAAAAAGAUUUGAAAGUACUUAUCGUUUAUGUAGGUGUAAUAUCAGUUUAUUCUAUACAGUAAAUUGUACUUACUUACCCUCGUCGCAAUUGUCCGUUUUAGCGUAGCGCAAACUGUACAAAGUCGUUC